GCACUCUCCCAAGAAAAAAAAACCCUCCCUAGCAAUACACACCAAACUGAGCAUGUGUUGAGCGACUCCAUACAAUACCAGGAGAUAAGAGGAUGGGGUCACUGGAAGAAGGGAAGAUCAGAGAAGUCAGGACCAAACAGCCUUUUUUUUUUUUUUUACACAAUGCAGAGGAUUAACCCCUUAGGUUCCACAGUGAGUAUAACAAGCAUGCUUUACUGCAGGGACGGACUGACAACUCAUGGGCCCCCCGGGCAAUAGGGGAUCAUGGGGCCCCUGUGUCCUUGCCCAAACUCAAAAAAGCCUAU